CCUCGUGGUUUUUAAGAGGUUUGGUAAAGUUCAUAUUUUGUUCCAAACACUUGGUCGCUAUCUAUGAUACAAGGUUUUUAGAUUAUAUCUGUAUAAUCUAAAAACCUUGGCUAUGAUACACACCACUGCCAGGAUGAACGAAAACCACGAAAGUUAUAAUUGAACUCCAGAAACUUGAAAAGUACCGAUCCAUUCAUAUUAAAUUACUAUAGUUUAUGGCACUAUACUCCACACUGGACACACGAUUAAAGAUACACCUAAUUAAGAUAUAUCUUUAAUCGUGACUGGACCACACUGGACAACUGCAGUACUGCACCCUCAUGACCUCCAACCACCAAUUUAUGCUUCUCUUUAUUAUUUAUACCUAGUACGGACGGUGUGUGGGCUAAUGUUCAUGUUUCCCCGAGGUUCAUAUUAUCACAGUGAAGUACACAAAAACCUGAUCAGCUGAUCUAGUGUUAGUGUUAUUUCUAUAUUGUGUAUCCUCAAUCCUCACUAUCUAUUAUAGUAUCUUGUGGGUAGUUGUAAGUACUUACUAGUUACUGCUCACUAGUCGCUACUCAAGUAUAUUUAAACAAAUUUGAAUUUGGAUUCCGGUUUAAUUAAUGUGAUUUCUUAUUUCUCAUGUGUAUAUUUAAAUUUAAUACCCAUUAUAUAUACUGAUUACUUAAUAAUUAUUAACUACUUGAUAUCUUAAAAUUCACUUAUCAUAACUUAAGCUUUAAAAUUCAAAUAUGUUUGAUUCUUGUUGAGUAGCUAUUGUGUUAUUUAUACAAACAUUAUUUUCCAGUACAAUUAUCAUGUUUAUAAAUGGCAUUUAUAUUAUUUGUCUAUACUUCUUGUCGAUCUCCCAGAAACUUGAAACCUCAGAAAUAGUCAUUACGAUUUUGAGUCAACAAAAUGACUAUAAUGUAGAACAAGCACUCAAAUUAAAAAAUAAUAUUUUGAAGCAAACUAAAUCAAUUAAAAAGCCACGGCUAGGUCAAAUAUAUAUGCUUCAUGAACAAUUCCCAGAUCCUGGAAGUUGGACUGUUAUUCCAAUUAUAAAACUAUUAUAUAAAAAUAAUAAACAUGCAAAGUGGUUUUUGUUUUGUGAAGAAAACGCUUAUGUAAAUUAUGACAAUUUACAAUUGUUUUUGGAAAACAUGAACUCUAAUGAAUCUGUAUGGAUGGGAUAUGGUGUAAAAGAUAAACAUCCUACAAUAAUUCAUCAUUAUGCAUUUAAAGAAAAUGAAAAUGAAAGGGUUACUUACCCUUUGUUUGCUGCAGGAUUUAUUAUAUCUGCUGAGCUAUUAAAAAAUAUUGCCAAUUCAGGUGUAGAAACUUUGAGUUCAGAUUUUUCAAUUGAUGCAUCUUAUGAAUUAUCAUUAGCAAUCAAUCAAAAAAUUCAACAUCUACCUUUGAAAUUUUGUUUGAAACUUUCACCAGACUGUAUUGUUCAUCCUUUGUCUGAAAGGAGUGAAUGUACUUGUUAUGGAAAAGUGACAAAAGAUUCGAUUUAUUUUGCUGUGAAAACUUGCAGUAAAUUUCAUUCAGAUAGAGUACCGGUGUUACAAUCUACUUGGGGCCGAGAUGCUGUGCAUAUUGAAUACUUUAGCGAUAAACUUGAUGAUACGAUACCAACAACUGUAUUAGAUGUACCAAAUACUGAAAGAGGACACUGUCUUAAGACUAUCACAAUUUUCAAAUACUUAUCUAAAAAACUUUUGUCGAAUAAAGCUGUGAAAUGGAUUGCAUUGACAGACGAUGAUACUCUUUUGAGUGUUCCUCGGUUAGCAUCAAUACUGAGCUGCUGGAAUGGUCAGCAAAUUGCACUUGGUCAAAGAUACGGUUACAAUAUUCGAGGAGACCCGUCUUUAGGAUACAAUUAUUUAACAGGUGGAGGAGGUAUUAUAUUUAAUGUGGCAUUAGUCCAUAAAUUGACCACUUGUCAAUGUUAUGCGAUUGAUGCACCCGAUGAUAUGGUGUUAGGCAUGUGUUUGAAAGCUUUAAAUGCUACAGUGGUCCAUUCCCCAGUUUUCCAUCAAGCUAGACCACAAGACUAUGCCGACGAGUAUUUGGAAUCUUAUCCAAUGGUAUCUUUUCAUAAACAUUGGAUGAUAGACCCAAUAGAAGUUUAUCGUCAUUGGCUUUAUCAAGACUCUUCUUUCGGACAUGAUGAGCUUUAAGCUUUGAGUUUACCCGUCCAUUUGAAGCAGCCAGCACUGAAUUAAGAAUAAAAUCUGGAGGCACUAUAGCAUCAGCAAGCGUCACUGCUUCAUUUUUAAGACUUGAACAUAAAUCUAUUAUGGAUCCUUUAACUAUUACAGAUGCUAAUGGCCCAUUAGCAUAGCCACCUAUUAAUGAAAACAAGUAAUAAUUAUUAGUAUUUAAAAUGUUGAUUGUUUUCUAUCAUAUUACCUUCAUACAUAAUUGACAAAUGUUUUUCAACUAGCCAAAAUCCAUAAAGUGAAGCAAGUUUAUGUAAUACUACUUUGUGUGCAUCAUCUAAAUUUGGAGAUGAUGUUGUUUCAAUAAACUUUUUCAAAAUUAA